AUGUACACUGUCCUCACGCGCGUGCAUUCCAGCGUGACGAGGGAGAAUUGGGGCGAUACUCGGUCGAAGAACGUGGAGCACGCGUACGAACUGUGGUGGAGCACUGGAGAAGCACCAGUCAUCGGACAAAGAAUUAGGCUUGGCGAAGCGGAGAAACGGUAUGAACGUUGCUUCCUCAAGCCGUCCGUUCCAGGUUAG